AUUUUAGUAUAAUAAAAUGCAAUUUAAACAGCAGAUCGAUUCGUGUGUGCGGAUAACAGUGCAAAUCCCAAAGGAUGCAGCGCAACGUUUACGCCAGAUGGCAUCGGAGGGCAAUCCAGCUCUACGUGCCCUCGGCAUCAUGUCUGUGCAAUUGGAUGAUGACUCUGUGAUAUCUAUAAUAUUACCUGGAAGAGAAGUUAGUCUGAAAACUUCAGACAAUGCAGAGGAAGCUAUGGUGAAUAAGACGAUCGCCGAAUUGGGUAAUUUUACACAGCUGUUGGAAACGGGAGGGAGUUCGUUGGGAUGCCUUACCGAUACAUCUCCAAGUGUAGCAUUUUUAAAAUCACAAAUACAAUACCAUUCUCCCUCCGAAAAUAUAAGCUUAGCUACCAACGAUGUUGUAUCCCCACCACAAUUACAACAACAUCAGUAUAUUCAAGAAAGGCGCAAUAUGCUGUUAGGUGGUCCAAGUACUAGUAGCGCAGCUCAAGCCAUUCUACAAAAACAGCAAGCGCAACAGCAGACUAUUCAUCUUCAAAAUCCCCAGCGCCACCUUGUACAAGAACAGCCACUAUUUAAGCCUCCUAAUACUGUGUGCCCUAUGGAUGGCAAAGGACCAGUUCCACCACUGACUUCAACCUUAAAUAGUGGGUCAAAUGGUCGCGAUUAUCCAUUCGUGAGUAUGAGACAAGCUCGUGUGCUGCAGGGCCGUGGAAAUGCAAUGAACAACUGCUUAGUAAGUAACAGCCCAACAUUUCCUUCAAGCAGCUCACUCACUUUACAGACGCCGCAGAAUGGGCAGAUGGAGAUUGGAAGUGGGGUGGGAUUGAAAAAUAAUAAAAGUUCUCCAACCACGGAGAUUUUGUCAACAUCACCAAUUACAUCCGGUAAUAAAUCACAGUUUUUGCAACCUCCUCCACCCCCAUAUCCAGGUAUGGGGAGCACAAUUUCAAACGUCAUGAGCGAACCAGCCGCUCAAAUGAACAAAUCAGUGCAGAAUUACUUACACAAAGCAGUUGCAAGACAGCAAGUUGUAGCUCAUCCGGUAGCUUCUUCGACAAUUUCCAACAAUAUAGCUAUUUCAUCACCACUACUUGUUAAUUUAUUACAAAAUGAUGGGAGCACUAUUACAAAUCAAGCUAAAUUAUCGCCACAAACACCUUUGAUGCAACAUCAAAAUCCGUCGUCAUUAUCAUCGGUGAGUUCUGGUCCCCAGCAAUCUCAAAACCAAAAUCAGCAAUUAGGGAGCACAUCUGUGCGUUCACAGUCAUUAGCUACUGGCGUUAUAACAGAGCAAAAAAAACGCCAACAACAUUCAAAACUGAUACAUUCUGUUUCCGACAAUCCAUUUACUGCGGGUAUAUCUUCACACAUCACAUUGUCUUUAUCCCCCAGUGCGGAUUCGAGUAUGCGGAGUGUACAGCAGCAACAAACUCAACAAAUAAUGACGAUUCCUGGAAGUAAUUUAUUCAGCCAACCACAUCAAUCAAACUUUCAACCACAGCAUAUACUAUCGCAGCAAGGUAGUUUUAUGCGACAACAACGCCAGCAACAGUUGCAGGCAGCUGCUGUUUCGAUAGGAGGUGUACCAUCUCAUCGUUUUAUACCACAUCAGCAGCAGGCACCGUCGUUCCAACAGUCUCAGCAACAUCAUCAAGUGACCCAGCCAUCCGGUGUUGGUGGAGUCAUGUUGACAAAUUUACAACAACAGCAGCAAACACUUAUUCGACAAGUUCGUCCUGGUGAUGGAAUUUCAGGACAGUUGGUGGUGCAAAAACAACCACAAACACAUCAGUUUCUUUCGUCAGGUGGCAUGUCGCCUACUGAAUCGCAUUCACCUGUUUCUAGCCACCAUUCCAUGCAUAGUCCAUUAAUGGGUCCACACUCUCAACAACUAGUGUCUCCUUCAACAACGCCAGUUCAAUCCCCUCACUCCCACCCACCCCAAGCACAUAAAAUCCCAGUUCAGCCUCAACACCAAAUGCAAUUACAACAACAACAAUUACAAAAACAACUGUCAACGAUUAUUGGACCACCAACAGCAUCAUCCCACAAUGAUAACAUUCUUCAUAAUACACAAGCAUUUUUGGAGCCAAGUUUGUGCCCGACAGGAUCUAGUACUGGUAGUAGGGGUAUAAUAACAAAUAUAUUGCCUCCACCUCCUGAUUAUAGUCAGACAACUAUUGCAACAUGCACGUCACGUUGGCCUGCAUUGAACAAAGCAAUGGAUUCAGUUACGAAAAGCAGUUUUCAGGAAUUUACUCGUUACCAAAUGCAGUACAAUCUGCAGCAGCAACAGAUCAAUAAUAAUCAAUUUCAAUCACAGGUUCUUAAACAAGAUCCGCAGAAGCAGCAAAUAAUCGACCAAGUAACCAGCUCUGAAGAUGAUACACUUGUGGAAAUAGUGGGAGUGCCUCCUUUAGAUAAUGUUACAGCAUCAAAUGGAUUAUCAGAUCCUCUGAUAACGCUGACAGAUUUUGAAGCUUUGACACCAAAUGAUCUUGAUGCUUUGUUACCGACAUUGAACUGCGAUUUAGAUCCUUCUUUUAGUUUGGACGAUAAAAAUGAACUGGAAUCACUUUUGCAAGAUGCCAAGGAUCUAGACUUGGAUCUAAUUGAAGAAAAUUUAUCUGCCGUGGGUGUAGAUCUUGACGAGACAGCUGCCGCAGCAUCUUCACUCCUAGAUGCAGAAGCAACACGAAUAUCUCCAAAUGUCACACUUACCUCAAUGCAGUUUGCACAGCAAAAUGUGCAAAUACCGCAAAACAUGGAGCAGCAAGCAACAUUCAUAGGAAGCAAGAGCUGUAUGUCAAUUCAAAACAGUCCAUCGCAACUGCCACAAAAUAAUAUUCCACAAAAUGGAACUAAGCCGAAAGAGAAUUUAGAUGUGCAAAGUAACCAAUCUAAUCAGAAAUUGCAAGUAAAACAAAAACAAUUCCCUCAUUCAAUACUACCUUUGCAGCAAGCUAACCUGCAACAACGGGCAGCUUUGAUUCCACAGCAAGAAGAUUGCGUCGUAGAUGCAAAUCAUCUUCGUUCAAAUAGCGCUGCUUCAGUUUCUUCAACUAACCAGAAGCAAUUUCUUAUAAAUCCUCUAACUGGUGAAAUGGAGCAAAUGCAAAGCGAUGAUAGUGAAACUGAAGCAGAACAAGAGACACUACAAUUGAGUUCCACAACGACAAAACCACAUAUUGAGUCGUCUUUAUCAGACGACGUAAAUGUUAAUAACCCAAACGAAAACUUUUCUAACUCGCUUUUCUUAGCAGAUGACUCAAAUUCUUGUGGAACCACCGUGUCAAAAGUUUUGGCGAAUGAUCAAAACAAUGGAACCAUUAUCGGAACGGGAAGUGAUAAUGAACGCUCCCCGGAUUCGUCACUUUCAACCAAAUCGAAUCGCAUUGCCAAACCUGUAAAACGAGAUGGUAGCCGGUUGUCUAACAAAUCUUUUACUUCGGUUAAUAGCACUGGUGAAUACGGUACAAGUAAAUCACCUCGUCCAAAUGUAAUUGCAAUAACGACACCGGCGACUUCGAUAACAGGUGCAGUUGGGACGACUGGCGGCGUUUCACAGAGAAAAUCAAAAUCAAAUUUACUACGUGAAAAACAGCAAAACGGCGUGGGAGAUGGGAAACAAGAUGUAAAUAUGAGCUCUGGUGCUACGAAGCAAAAAAAAACAAAAGGAAAUGCCAGAGCAAAGGUUGCUGCUUUGUUAUGUACAAGAUCAGUUUCUGCUACAACAGUAUCAGGGCCGAUAUCCACAUUAGCAGGCUUAAGGGCUCAUGCUGCUGAGAUACCUAAUACUAAUGAAAAAAUAAAAUUGCGGUUAAAGUUGGAGAAGAAGGAGCCGAUAUCUCCGGCUUAUAAGGUAGAUGUUUCUUUUGUUGCUUCAACAAAGCUUUUAUCAUCGGCGGAUUCUGCAAGCAACAAUUUAGGUACAGCGACGCAAAGUAAGAGUAACACCAGUACUCAACUUAACAUGAAUAUAAUAAAAAAUGCUAGUCUCACGCCAACGUCCUUACAACAAAUUGAAACAGAGCAAUCUCAUUCUAUACAACAUCAACAAAUUGCUUUCAACAAUUUUACGCUUCCACAAACAUCCGUUAGUGUAGCACAAACUCCAACAGAAGAACUACGUGUGCCUCCAUUACACAUCAGUCUGAGAGGUGGAAAAAACUCAAUUGUUAUUAAAAAUUUUCGCAAAGAUCAAAAAAAGCCUCCGCAUUUGCUAAAUAUACCAACUGUUGCAUCGGGUGGAGUUAGUGAAGAUGAUUUAAAUCAUACAACAAAUAAGCAAUUAAAGCUACAGACUUUACAACUAUCCCAAGUUGCUACCGAGGAUAUGACUCAAGAAAAAAUGCCACUCUACGGAACCACGGUUUCGACGUCAUCAGUUUUUAAUAGCAACAGUGAAAACUGCAACAAAUCCAUGACAGUAAUGACGUCAACACAACCGCUAACACUAACGACUACCAGCGGAGAAGUUACAACUAUAACCCCAUCGGUGUCUAUCUCGUCAAUGGUGGGGAUGUCAACAGCAAAGCCUUCCUUCCUGGGUAACAAGAAUGGAGUAACAAUAAGUGCAAUUAAAUCCCUUGAAUCAAAAGCUGGCAGCGGUUCAAGUGGCAGUAAAAGUAUAGUAGUUGGAUCGACAAAUACGGGUACGUUAAGUUUUCCAUCUCAACUGAUGCACCAGUCGCAAUAUCAAAAACAUGUAGGGUCAGUAACUUUAACCCAACAGCAGCUACAUUCAUCUAAAGUUCUACCAAGUAUGCCUGGUAAUAUAACACUCAAUGCAAUAUCGAACAGUAGCACAAUAAACUGUUCUAGUGAUAGUUCUGUAAAUGUAGCGAAUCGUGUCAUUAAUAGUUUGAGUUUAGCGACAGCGGCGACGAUUACAUCUGUUGGUGUUGGUGUUGGUGUUGGUGGCGGCAAACCGCUGACAAAAAUUAAUAAACCGCCAUCUUAUUUAACAGCGCUUCAACAACUUCAACUUCAAAAGCAUCAACAAAAGCAGUUAAAUAAGCAAGCCCAACAAUUUGGGGCUCUUAAUGAUUGUCAUACAGCCCAGCAGACUAUUGUAGCAGUGGCGACCAUGUUGCCAAGCGCAACAACCCUAAAGCGAGUGACAGUCCCGAAUUCGACGGCAGAACAAACAAAUUUAGUUGUCAAAACAGAAAAUAAUACUUCGCCGACAGGAACAAAUGAACCUACGGAUGUAAAAUCACCCACAGUCAUCUUACCAACAUCCUUGACGAAUACAGUUGGUGUUGAAAAACAAGUUCAAGAAACUCCACGAAGCGAAAUUGGUUCAACGAUUUCAACGACUGUAACCAAUGGAUGUACCAACGUUAGUAGCAUUAUAGUUUCUAGUAGUCAAGGCCUAGUUAUCAGUACUGCCUCAUCUGCUCUACCCAAUGUUAUGUUACGAAAUUCACCUGCAAGUAACGGAAGUGGCACCCCUGGCCAUGGCAACGGCAAUGGUACUGGUGAAGAUAGUGGUAUUGAGUCAAUGGAUGCUCUGUCUGAAAAAAGCCCGCAUCAACAGUCGUCAAGCAGUCCGAUACAACAACAAAUAAGCAACGUUGAAAAACCCGCCACCUUAUCAAUAGUUUUAAAAAACUCUUCGGUAAAUGAGGCAAAGAAAGAAAACUCAGAAUUAAUAGAAGUGACAUCUCCAAUAUUAAAGGAUAGUAUUGAAGAUAAAACAGAAUUGAAUUCAAACUCGUCAAGAAAGCAUACAUUGCAUGAUUAUGCAGGCGGUGAAAUGGAAAACGCGUUGGCCAAAAUGGAAGGGUUUAAUGAAGAUUUUUCGGAUGCUGCAACAAACGUGUCAACUCCUGUUAGAACAGUUGCGAAGGCUUCUUUGUCAUUUGCGAAAAGCGAAUGUACGUGGUCUACUACGCCUCCGAAAAUGAAAACAAUUAUUAAUGGAGAACUUAAAAAUGAUAAAGUUGAAAGUAAAUCUCAAUGUGCUAUUGGGAAAACAUUUGAAGAAAAAGUGGAAAUAGGAGUAAAUGAUCGCAAAAAAAAUCAAGCGAUCUGCAAUGAUGAUACGCCUGCUAUCAAAUUUACUGAUUACAAUCUUGCUCCAGAAAAUAUAAAUAAAAUUCGUGAAUCUAAAUGCCAAGGAAAUGCAUUAAUUGACAUUGAAGAUAAAGUUGGGAUUGAAUUUCAAAAAAGCCGCCAUGAAUUGUCUUUGCAACCACAACGACAAGACUCUGCCUUUCCGCCUAUUUCCAUUGAAAUUCCGACUCAGAUUGAAUCUGAAUGUAGUCGCAUUCGCACACGUGCUAGUAGUCGGUUAGCGAGCCCCUUGGAUGCAAAUAAAGCAAGUCCAACGACAACAUCGGUAGAAGAAAUUACAAAUCCUUCUGUCGCUACUAGCAAUAAGUAUUCCCUUUUAAGAAGUGACAACGCCAGCCCACAACAAAACGCUGGAUGUGGAGUCAAUGGUUCACCACAGCUGGGUACGAUAUCUGUGCCUGGUACUUUAAAUAAGCGAAAACGUCGGGAAUCUGAGGAACUUACAGAAGAAAAACGAAUGCGAACAAGCAGAACUAUUACUGCACCUCACAACCUUCUUAAUAAUGGUAGUGACCUAAAAAAGGCUGACCUAUCUUUAUCAAGUGAUAUGCAAGAUACAAUGACGUGCAGCGACUUAAUAAAAAAUGAAGAGUCUUCUGACUCAGACGAACCUUUAAUUGAGGUGGCCGAAAAAGUACGCAAUUUGAAAGUCGGCAAUGCUACUGUUAACAGUAAUGACUCUACUAUUCACCUCCCAGUAGCGGAUGUAGCUGAAAAAAAUGAGUUUUGCAACAUACCUGGACUAGAAAAGGCAACUCGCAGUAGUCGAACAAUAGUCAAUCAAAACAAAAAUUCAAUAUGUUUUAAGCUUCGCAAAAAACUCGAUUGCACACACAUAUUUUUCUUUCCACGUCAUAAUCUUCAAAGAAAACCUGCCGUUGUGUCCCUAAACGUCAACAAGUUUUUUUGCAUUGUAUGGAAGGUUUCCUUAUCUGGCUCAAGUUGAUCCAAGUAAAAAGCACAUUCAGCAUUCAUAUUAUCUUUAAGCGAGUAUUUACAUUUACAAUAUCGGAUUGCAGCGAAUUUUCGCGUUCCUAACGUCAUAAAUGAAGCGCUUUCGAGCCAAGAAUACAACUAAAUCUUAAUUCCAAGUUGAUCUGCAAACAGAAGAACACUUUAAAAAGCACUCUCAACGAUCCUUUACACUUGUGCAGUAGGUUGGGUAUCGAUUAAUAGUUUGGUUUUAUUUUCUUUGUUACAGUAAAAUGAUGUAAGAUCAGUUGACUGUUGUUCCUGGAUAUUCAAAAUAUGUUUUAUACAGAUUCAUUAUUACAUUUUUACGAAAUUUUCUUUAGGGUGUUUUUUGGGCUCGCUGAUUACGAAUCUGAAGUCUGAUUUGGAAAAGUCUAAAUGACGGAUUCAAUAUUGCGGAUGAUUUUUUAAAAAAAGUUAUUACAUUUUUAGGAGUCUGUCUUUAGUGGUGUUUUUGGCCACGCUGAUUACGAAUCUGAAGCCAGAUUUUGAAAAUUCCAAAUUGCGGAUCCAACCUCAUUGCAACACGGGAUAAGUACCUUACAUGCCAAGAUAAGAAUUUUCGAGUUGUGUUUACAUAUUUCAUAUGGGUUUCUUAUCAAACAAUGGCAAAUAAGAUCCAUGUAAAAUAAAAAGGUAUGUGCAAAACGAAAAGCUACAAUUCAGAAAACGCUUUGGGAAAAUCUAAGCUGAUAAAGCUAAGCCAGGUGGAUCUAGUAAUAGCCGCUAGAACAACAACGACAACAACAGUAAUAGUAAUAGCGGAAAUGGUUUACAAGUCAUCGUGCAGUACAAGCGCUAUAAAUAGCUCAAUAAAUUACCAAAAUAUGCUCUUAAAUAUGCUAGAUCAAUGAA